GCAGUUGCUAAGUGCGUCUCUCCGGUCCCUCCUCCCAUGAUUCCUCGGCAGCUACUGUACAUGUUGGAGGGGGAGUUGUGUGGCAAUCGGCGUCUCGCGUGGGACCAUUGAUAUUUUUUUUGUAUCCUCCCCUCGUAAUUCCUGGAUUAAAUAAGAAGGCAAAAAGAAACCUACAUAAACAAGCAAUAAGGAAACAAACAAAGACAAGAUUGAAAAGCCGUCAAAUGAAUAAUUUAACGAUGAAUACCAUCAAGCAGGUGCCUGCAAGGGUUUUGAGCCGGAGAUCUGGAAACAGUUUGGAAGCGGAAAGGGAGCAUUUUGACAGGCAGCAGUGCACCAGCAUCAGCAAGGCAAUCAACAAUAGUGAAGCUCCAGUUAAGGAAAAACAUGCACGCAGAAUUAUUCUGGGAACUCACCACGAGAAAGGUGCAUUUACAUUUUGGUCCUACGCCAUUGGCCUUCCCCUACCUAGCAGUUCCAUCCUAAGCUGGAAGUUUUGCCACGUUUUACACAAAGUCCUAAGGGAUGGCCACCCCAAUGUUCUGCAAGACUGUUUGAGACACCAAAGCAACAUAAGAGAAAUUGGGAGUUUAUGGAGUCAUAUGCACGAUCGAUAUGGGCAGCUUGUAUCGCUGUACACCAAUCUUUUAACAACGAAGAUGAAUUUUCAUAGAAAGCACACAGAUUUCCCAUCAAACCUGGAAGUAUCUGAUGACGGCCUUGAGAAAGCAGCUGGUACAGAUGUCAAUAAUAUUUUUCAGUUGACCGUAGAGAUGUUUGAUUAUCUGGGAUGUGAGCUCAAGCUGGCAGAGUCUGUUUUCCGACAGCUCAACACCUCAGUAGCCGUGUCUCAGACAGCAGCAGGCCAGUGCCGGCUGGCACCACUGAUACAGGUGAUCCAGGACUGCAGCAACUUGUAUCACUACAUUGUGAAGCUCCUCUUCAAGCUACACUCCUGUUUGCCAGCAGACACCUUACAGGGCCACCGGGACAGAUUUCAUGAUCAAUUUCACAGCCUUAAAAAUUUCUUUAACCGAGCUAGAGACCUACUGUACUUUAAGAGGCUGAUACAGAUCCCAAAGUUGCCAGAGAGUCCACCUAAUUUCCUCAGAGCUUCAGCUUUGGCAGAGCAUGUUAAGCCAGUAGUUGUGAUCCCUGAUGAAGAAGCCCCAGAAGAAGAUGAACCAGAAUCUUUAAUAGAAGUCAGUACAGCUCAUCAAACAGAACAGCAGAAUAUCGUUGACAUAUUUGACCAGACAUUUGGGCCACCUAAUGGAUUUGUGCAAGAUGACAGAGACAUUCAGAUAGAAAACCUGAAAAAAGAAGUGGAGCUGCUUCGAGCUGAACUGGAGAGGAUCAAAUCAGAGGCUCAGAGGUAUAUUACACAGCUUAAGGCCCAAAUUAAUACUUUGGAAGCUGAGCUUGAAGAUCAAAGAAAACAGAAACAGAAAGCUCUUGUCGACAAUGAGCAGCUCAGGAUAGAGCUUGAGAACUUGCGACAGCAAAAACUGGAGACGGAGAAUGCUCAGGGUCAGCUUGCCGAAGCAGAAAGAAAGGCCCAGGCUACAGAGCUGCGCUAUAACAAGCUAAAGGAGAAGCACAGCCAGUUGGUCAACAACCAUGCCGAACUCCUAAGGAAGAAUGCUGAUACAGCAAAGAUGUUAACAGUGACACAACAAACGCAAGAAGAUGUGGCACGGACAAAGCAACAACUAGUGUUUGAAAUGGAGCAGAUUAAACAGGAGUCUGAAAUGAAGCUUGAAGAACAAAGCCUUCAAAUGGAAAAUCUUCAAAGAGAAUUAGCCAAAAGUAGAGAAGAACUAUCUAUGAUCCGUAGUAAUCUACAAAGUACGGAAAAGUCAGGUGAGAUGCUGAACAAGACCCUGCAGACUUUGCAGGUAGAGAAGGACACACUAAGUAAAACCCUUUCAGAGCGGGAUGUGGAGCUGUCUUGUCUGAAGGACACCAUACAACAAAAGGAAGUUUCACUUCAGCAGGAGAGGGAGCGGGGCUGUAGAGAGAGGGACCAGCUACAAGGCAAGCUCAAGGACAAGUCAAUGAAGGAAGAGUUACUUCAGCAGCGCCUUCUAGACGAACAAUUUAAAUUGCUUCAGCAAACUGUGAAGGAAGCAGAAAACAUCAUCCAAGAUGCUGUGACUAGGUUAGAUGAUCCUCUGCACAUUCGUUGUACCAGCUCUCCAGAUUAUCUUGUCAGCAGAGCAGAAGCCACCUUGGAAUCAAUCACAUCUGUACAGCAAGGACAUGUCGAAUACUUGAAGAACGAAGCAGAUGCCGGAACUCUGGUCAGACCGCUUACCCAGUUUGCUCACUUGACUGCGGAUACAAUAAUGAAUGCAAGCGCAACUGCACACACUGCACCGCUAAACCAUGCAGACAGUCUCACAGAGAAUUGCAGAGACUGUGCCAAAAACUGUUUAGAGUUUCUGAGUGACCUGAAGACUAAGCAGUCUUUGAAGCAUGCAAACCCAUCAGCAGUGAAAGCUGCUGUGCAGAACAUUUUGCAGUUGGGCCAGGAACUCCGGCCCAAAAAUCUGGAUAUCCGACAAGAAGAACUUGGAGAUAUGGUGGACAAGGAGAUGGCUGCAACAUCAGCUGCCAUUGAAGAUGCAGUGAGAAGGAUUGAAGAAAUGAUGAACCAGGCUAGAAAAGGGAGUUCUGGAGUUAAACUAGAGGUCAAUGAAAGAAUUCUCAACUCCUGUACAGAUUUAAUGAAGGCAAUCCGUCUGCUUGUCAUGGCAUCAACAGACCUACAGAGGGAAAUAGUUGAGAGUGGAAGGUGGCAGCGCCUGACAGACCAGUCCAGGUUGACGGAUAGCAGAGUCCUUAUAAUUUUAAUGGACCUCAGAUCGGGCCCAAGGUUCACCUUCCAACAGGACAUUAAUCCGAAGCAAAAAGCAAAGACAACAAAGGAGUGGCUUAGGAACAAAUCUCAUUGUCCUUGAGUGGGCCAGCUAGAGCCUGGCAUAGAACCCAAGCAAACAUCUGUGGCCUGAACAAGGCUGCCAACCUAUGGUGUCCAGCCAGCUUAACAUGAUCUACUGGGAAGGAUGUCAUAAAAUAUCCAUCUCUGGGUGUGUGAAGCUUCUCACUUCACACUUGAGGACACUCCAGGCUAGAACAGCUGACUAAGAGGAUUCAGUUAAGUACUGAGUGAAGGUUCUGGAUACUUAGGUCAAUGUGAUAUUUAUUCUUUUAUUUUUGAUGUUUAUAAGAAAUCCUAAAAUCCUGUUUUACUUUCUCAUUUUGAGGUUUUGAGUGUUGGUUAAUAAGGGGAUAAAAUGUCUUAUGAUUUUACUGCUAGGUUGCAAUAUAAUAAAAAACUGAAGGAGUUGUAGUACUUUUUUAAGGUGCUGUAUAAAAAAUGUCCAUCCUUGGUUCAAAUCCUUCAAAUCAGAAACUACUUUACAUAUUUCAUUAAAUGUAAAACGGAAAUGGUUUCCAUUGUUUUUGUGACUGGGUCACUAUGGGGCUAUAUGAUCACUACAGCUAAUUUCCUUUGAAACUGAACCAGCUGUGUGAAAUGCAAUGACCAGUCCUGGAUGGACAAGUUGACCUUUUUUUAAUUUGGAGAUGCUAAGGACACUUGAAAUCCACUUGGGAUGGGCAAAACCCAAUAACUGAUAUUUCGUUUCAUUAAAAGAAAGAAUUUGCCCUCAUAAGAGGUUUGUUGUUUUGAAAGCAUGCAGAUAGAGUGCCCAUCCAAAAGCAUGAGUGAGCACUCCGAUCAAGGUAUGUCUUUGUAAAAAUAAACUAAACAUUGUGUGAAUUGGCAAUUAAAGUGUCAGAUAGAAUGAACAGCCAUAGUAUUCCAGCUUAGCAAAAUUGUGCCCUGGUGCUCAUAGAUCAAAAUGUAUUAUUAAAUCAGCUCUCUGCCCCAUGACCCUACCAGCAGUGCCCCACCUCUAUUUUAUUCAAAUUGUGAUCCUCAUUAAGGCACAGCUUAAUUUAAGAUAGAAUUCUUCAACAUUUGUUGACUAUGGCGAGUGCCAAAUAAUAGCAUAAAAUGUAUAAGAUUAGCUUGUCUAGAAGAUAAGACAAUAAAUAAUAAAGCUGCUUAUCCUUGUCUGUUUGAAGUCUCUAAUAUGAUUAAAAUGUAAUUGUUAUGCCCAGUCACAUUCAGCAAUAUUAUUAAAUAAAAUGAGCAACCUCUGCUGCUUUAA